AUGACGAAACGCUUUACAAAUCGCUGCGGCUCCCGCGCCGACUUCAAGCUGACAAUCAUUUCAGGGCGGUUUCUGCAAGGGACGCAUGUGACUUUGGUUUGCAACUUUGGUUUCAAUGUGUUCGGUUCAAUCGACGCUGUGUGCGUAGGUGGCCGAUGGAGUCGAAAAUUGGGUAUCUGUCAGUCGAAUAUGUACCCCAGAUGUCCUCCACUUACUACGAAAUUUCCUGGAAGAAUCAUCUACAACUCGCUGCCACCGUACAUGCCAUCAGUAACAGCUACACUCACUUGCGACUUGGGACUCAAUGUUUCUGGUGUUCCCACGCUGACGUGCACGGAAGACGGCUGGUCACCAAGUAGUGGAUUUGGAGAGUGCCGAACGGUCGGUUUGAAUCCAUAA